AUGAGCGAAAUAAGACCGAACUAUAGAAUGAUGCUGCUGGUUUUCUCACUUAUGUUCACAUACACAGCUCCUGUAUCUGAAAUAAUCUUGCCUGCUAACUUUGUGUUCAAAAAAGCUUAUGUUGUGGCCCUCGUGCUUUCAAGCAUUUUUUCAAUGGUUUACCUGGUGCUUUCCAUAGUUUACAGGGGUCGCGUUAAAUAUGACUUGGAAACCAUUGCCCUGGCAAGCCAUCUCCAGACGAAGAAGUUCUGCAGAAGAUGUAACAACUACAAGCCUGAAAGAGCUCACCAUUGCUCAUCAUGUGGGUAUUGUAUAAAGAAGAUGGACCACCACUGCUUCUGGAUAAACAACUGUGUGAACUAUGACAACCAAGGGCACUUUAUACGAUUCUUGUUUUUUACGGCGUCGGCUAACAUACUCAUAUUUGUGUAUGUGUCCAUAGAGUCGGCUGCCAUUCUGCUUUUCAACCAUUCCCUUGAGCACAGAAGGGACUAUUACAUUCUGGUGUUGUCUGGAAUGCUGUCCCUUGUGUUUCUCAUAAUGACAGCCUUUUUUCUUUAUUUGCAGAUGAGGCUCGCCCUAUCAAACACAACCUUCAUCGAGGAGCUGAAGCAGGAAAGCAUGAGCAGGCUUCAGGGCUCAUCGAUUCUCAGGUCCCCCUACGACAGAGGGAUCAUGAGUAACCUUAUAGACACGCUGGGGCCGCCUUAUACUCUUUUUCUGCUGGGACCCUUUGGAGACGGCAUCACAUUCAUCAAGACAUAUCCAGCCGAGUAUUGGCCAGUUCCAUAUGAUUACCAUUGUAUCGAGGAUCUUAUGGUCAUUUGA